GGCGCGGGCACGUGGCGCACAGCUGGUUUCCUGCGGCCGCGCGCCGGUGGCAGCCCCGCGGCGCCCGCCGCCACGGCCCGGCCCGGCCCGGCCCCGCCGCCGCUCCCGUUCCCUCAGCGCCGCCCUCGGGAUUCCGGGGCGGGACCCGGCGCUGCCGGGGCUCCGUGUGGCGUACGGCCCGGCCCGGCCAUGGCGCACUCGGCGCCUCUCGGCCUCCUGGAGCAGGGCUGCCCGAUCCAGGUGGAGCACGAUCGGAAGCGGCGGCAGUUCACCGUGCGGCUGAACGGUUGCCACGACAAGGCGGUGCUGCUCUACGAAUACGUGGGGAAGCGGAUCGUGGACUUGCAGCACACGGAAGUACCAGACGCCUAUCGAGGGAGAGGAAUAGCCAAGCACCUCGCAAAGGCAGCCCUGGACUUCGUGGUGGAGGAGGACCUGAAAGCUCACCUGACGUGCUGGUACAUUCAGAAAUACGUCAAGGAGAACCCACUGCCGCAGUACCUGGAACACUUGCAGCCUUAAGGCAGGACUGUUCUGAUGCCAGCGCACCUGUCCCUGACUGUUCAACGCGGCCUUCACUUCUCUGCGGUCUCAGGAAACCCCCCUCCCAUGCUCGCAAUUCCCAUUUUUUUAAGCACAUCCAUGUGGCGCAUGAGUGUGGGUGUGACCUCCUCCUCUCUGCCCACGUGUGAGCAUGGCUACUGCCCUUGGGCCAGGCUGGCUCUGGGCGCACGGUGCCCCCCGGUGCUCUUCUUCCCAAGCCAGGGGGUGGAAGAGGAUGAUUUUUCCACCAAACUCCAUCACGAGAUCAGAGAAUGACUCACUCUGCACCUCAUCCUCUCCCCUCCGCUUGGCGACAGCUGUGAACUUGCUGGGGGAUGUUGGUUAGGGGUGCUUGUGGGGUACCAGCCUCCUUUUCCUCCCAGCAGCUGGGGGAGAUGCUGUGGAUUAAGCCUUGUGGGACAGAGGGAGGUGCUGGAGGAGCCCCAGCCCCAUGGCACGUUCAUCCCCUGCAGCAUCUGCUGGGCACCAAGCCUUAUCCAAGGGGGAUAUCCACGUGGGGCACAGAUGAGAAGACAUGGACCACGGUGGUGCCUCGGGGGCUUUGCUGCACCAGCUGUGGACAUGCUGGGAUGGUGACACCUUCGAGGCUAGAGACAGAAGCCACAUGAGGAGUGGGCUUUGGCUGCGGGGGCCGUGGCAGAGCACGUGCAGAGGAAGAAAGGCGGCUGAGUCGCAGACGCUGCUCCCUGGAGAUGCCAGCUCCUGCCCAGCCUUCUGUACAUAGCCCCGGCAUGGCAUCCCCGCAGGGCUGCAGGCCGUUGUUCCUGUCUCUGCUCCCUGCUAUCACUGUUGUCUGUGCUGGUGUGGACACAGCCUGCUGAGGAGAAGAGCACCAGCCCUGGCCUAAGCAAUGAGGGGACAUCCCGUGCUUUUCCAGGCACCAGGGUGGUUUCCUGCAGCUGAAGAGGAAGGCUUCCCCCAUCUCCCUAGACUCCAGCUCAGCACUGCUGCCUGCACCCCAGAUCGUAAGGCCUGAGCUGUCAUCUCAUCCUGAGAGCAACGGGUAAGGCCUCUGGGACCAGGUCCUGGCCCAUCUCCAGGGCUCGAUGCUAGAGCCAGCUGCCUCUGCCUGGAUGCUGAUCACUUCUCCUCACGGCCUUUGGAAAGAAGCCCCGGCUGAGGGCAUUGCCCAUCACUCACUGAUCUCCUUGCAGCUUCAAGCCCUGGGCACUGGCAGCACUCGGCCAGCAGCAGGGAGGAACACCCUCACGUUGCACUGUUACCUCCACGGAUGAUGACCUCGUAGCACAGCUCAGCGUUGCCACAGACGGAGGUAGAGGUAACACUGUGAUGGCAGGGCACCGCCUUGCCCAGGCUUUCCAGGGCCUGAGCUAGACCCCAGAGCAUCUCCCCCCGAGCUCUUAGGAUUUUGUGGUGUCCCGGGGCUGGGCUACAGUGGGGGAGAUGGUGCUGCCGGCACACCAGCCCCAAGCAGCUGCUGAGGGCUACGGCCAGGCAGAAGGAGAUAAAGAGCCUUUCACCUGGAGGCCAAAUCCAGACCUAGCUUAUCUCUAGGGACUAAAGUUUACAAUCUGUGCCAUGGACCGAGUGAAGCCCUGGUCAAGAGGCAGCUCAGCCCUCUCCCAGAGCCCAGCGCAAAGUCCGCAGAGGCAAAGGCAAAAGCUCCUACAACUUUCUGUCCUGGUUGGGUUGGUCAGAGAUGGAGACCCUGGGACACCCUGAGCUGUUCCUCCUGGCCACCAGGUCGAGGCGAAGCCCUGCCACCUGCCUGUGCUUUUGGGCUGCCCACCACCAGCAUAGCGCAGCCCUCUGCCCACAGGUUUGAGUAAAACCUCCCAAGCUCCAUCCCUGCCCUGCCACACCGCAGGCUGCCCAUGUCUGUCACCUGCCUGGGGAGGGACCUGUGCCUUGUGGCAGACUCAUCUCCAGCUUGUGCUGCUCAGGAAAGGCAUCGCGCUCAGCCCUGCCACUGCCUCGUGCUUCUGCCCUCUUGCUGCCUAUUUCAACCUGGCUGCAGCCUUCAGGAUGGCUUAGAGUGACUAGGAAAGGGUCAAAGGUAACGAACUAAAGAAAAAGGGGCUCCAGAAGAAAUCUGGGCUGCUAAAUGUUCACUCUCUAACAUGCAAAACACACUUCAACAUCUAGUUACAGGAGAAAGGCUGGCUCUGUUAUAGCCAAGUGAUGACAGAACUCUUCAUCCCAAGGUGAAGCUGAACAGUCUCCUCUCCUGCAAGCCAAGAUAAGACACCGUUGUAUCUUUGUCACAGUGGGACGGGGUGCUUGGAAGAGAUGUGUGCCUCGUUGCCCUGUGGGAGCAAUAGCAUGAGCUCAGUGCUGCAAGCGUCUGCCCUGGUUUUGUGCUCGCUUCCACUGUGUGAUGGUUCCCAGAAGUACCCUGUCAUGUCUGCCAUGUGAGUGUGGCUUGCUGGAGGGUAUGCUGCGGUCACUGCACCGGCAGCGUCCCAGCGUCCAAGCUCAGCCCCGGAGCCCUUCGUGCUGCUCUGGCAGGAACCUCGUGCUUCCCGGUGCUGGAUCACAAGUGGCGAUCACUGCCUUACAUCAGGCACAGCACACAGUUUUGCUGCUGCUUCCCUUUGAGGUGCUACAAUCCCUCUGGCGUCUGACCUGAUGGAGAUGUGUUCCAGUGUCCGUGCCAACCGUUUCACUACUGUACCCAUCCUCCACCCUGGCCUUUCCUUCCCCGUGGUGUUUGAUGUCAGCAAAUAGCAAUACCCACAGGUCACCAGCGAUGCCCCGGUCCAUGGUGCUCCUGUGAUCUGGCACUGCCAGGCGGGAGAUGGCAUGGGGUCCCUCAGCACUGGGCAGCCCUCCCUCCUGCCUCUGCACCAGCCGUCCUUUCCCAGCUUGCCUCUGCAGGACGGAGCUUUCAUAGUCCUACGCUGCCCCUUGGUGCUGGCUAAGCCUGGAGGAGUCAGGGAUCCUGGACUCUUUCCAGCAAGGGGACUGUGGAAGUGGUUUGGUUGAAUAUUGAGGUCCCCAAACCCAUUUGAACUACAGACCUUGGUGAGUGGGGACAUGCAGAUUGCUGUCAAGCCUGCUUCCACAUCACCCAACUUGAAACACCCCCUCCCUCAUCUGCUUUCCAGCGUUGUCUUCCUCUGUCCAGGGUUUCCAUUCUGUUGAAUUCGGUGGUUACAAUGUGCCUUUCCUUCUCAGGACCUGUUACAAAUGACCUUUCUGCUUUUGUUUAUGUCUAACAUUUAUCUUUAUCCUUCCCUCUGUCCUACUAUAAAACAUGAACAUAUUGCAUGGAAUACAAUACAAUAAAAAGUGUGGCUAAACUGA